UAUUCGCCUUCGGAUCAGCCGCUUCUGAAGAUGACCACGGUGGGCUAGCCAGACUUUAACAAGAAAACGCGGAUGUACUUUUUUAUCUUAAUUUGCAAAGUAAAACCAUAAUAUAAGCCGCGUAAGGCAGCCUUUAAGAUGCCUUUCCGGGCCGGCGAGUGGCAUGCCGGAGGCAGGUCUAUAUGCUUCCUUAUUCUGCUGAACGUCGUGUUGUUCUCAGCUGGAGUUACAGCAAAUCAAGAAGAGAAUAAAGUCGUCGCCAAUGAAGAACACCCCGUGGAGCUCCAGAAGGCCUCCACCGGUCAUGCACCCGGCCCGGCGAUCGGUGUCAGCGAGCCCAAUAAAGGAAAUAUGGGCUUCAUUCAUGCUUUCGUAGCAGCUAUUUCUGUCAUUAUCGUCUCGGAAUUGGGAGACAAGACGUUCUUCAUCGCAGCCAUCAUGGCCAUGCGCUACAAUCGUCUCACAGUUUUGGUGGGAGCCAUGUUGGCUUUAGGACUCAUGACGUGCCUGUCAGUCUUGUUCGGUUAUGCCACCACCAUUAUCCCACGGAUCUACACCUACUACAUAUCAACCGCGCUGUUUGCCAUCUUUGGUUUGCGAAUGCUGAGAGAGGGAUUGAAGAUGAGUCCUGAUGAAGGUCAGGAGGAGCUGGAGGAGGUUCAAGCCGAUAUAAAGAAGAAAGACGAAGAGCUUCAACGCUAUAAGAUGGCUAAUGGCGCGUCCGAUGUGGAAGCGGGGGUGGGAGCGACCAUGUUGCCUCAGAGGAAGUGGCACAGUGUGAUUUCGCCCAUAUUCAUUCAGGCGCUCACACUAACCUUCCUUGCUGAGUGGGGUGACCGCUCUCAGCUCGCCACCAUUGUGCUGGCUGCAAGAGAGGAUCCAUGUGGAGUAGCAGUUGGUGGAACAUUGGGACACUGCCUGUGUACAGGACUGGCUGUUAUUGGAGGAAGGAUGGUAGCUCAGAAGAUCUCUGUCAGAACCGUUACAAUAAUCGGUGGGAUCGUGUUCCUGGCCUUUGCGUUCUCUGCCCUCUUUAUCAAGCCAGACUCUGGAUUCUGAUCUUGAAGUGAUGUUUGGUUUUCUUUUGUACAUACAAUCACCACAGUACAAGCCUAGAGGAGCUGGUUUAAAGAGAUACUGUGCAUUGUGGAUGGCUUGUUUUGUAUGUUUUGGGUGUGUUUUUUUUGUGUGUGGGUGAAACUAUGAAUGAAUGAGGACAAUUUACAGCUCAUGUCUUAAUGAGCGUUUCAGUUUUGGCUUAAUCCCAUAGUUUUUUCUCUUUACUUUCAACCGGACCCAAUCUUCUGUUUUUAAACCUUCACCAUGUUUCUCCAGUAUUCCACUUUACAGUUUAAUUGAACUUGCCAGAUGUUCAGAAUGUCAUGUGAUAUUUUAAUUAACAAUGAACCUUUUUUCUAUAUCAUUUUACACUGAUUAAACGGUGCAUUAUGGGUAAAUCCUGUCUUGGACUUGAGUGGUCCAGUCUAUUAUAUUCUCAUUUUAAGAAAAGCUGUAAAACUAAAGUCAGAACAGCCACAAAAAGCAGCUCUUCGUCCUUCACAGCAGUAAAUCUCAGGAGCAUUUAGUAAUAUUACAGUCACAAGAUCUUCAUCAAUUACAAACAAUAGCAUGAAGAUUUGCAGCUUUUAACCAGAAGUACGCAGUUGGGUAAUUUUAGACCCUCCAGAUCAUGGGAUGUUCAGAAUGAUUUGACUUGUAAGAGGUUUUCACAAAUUUCCUUAAAAUAUGUCUAAUCUUGAUUAUUUUUGCCUUUUCUAAGCAGAUUUUAUUUAUUGGGUUACACUUUAUAAUAAGGUUACAUUCGCUAACAUUAAUGCUUUAGGUGUCAUGAACGAUCAGUGAUCAUUGUUUUAUAGCAUUUAUUAACCUAGGUUAAUUUAUAAAUACAAUUGUUUGCACAUUAACUUGAAAUGUGAAAUGUAAAUAUAAAAUAAUUCCUGUACAGGUAUAGUUCUUUAUUGUAUUGCAUUAAUUAAUGUUAAUGAAUUGAACCUUAUUGUAAAAUGUUAGCAUUUAUUCUAUUGUUUUGUCAAAGUUGAAGUCCUUUAUUUGUUUGUGAAUCAAAGGGGGACGUGCUGGUUUUUUGUAACAUUGUCAGGGUGACUUUGUCAAUAUUUGACAGCUGUUCUUCAAUUUAGGAAAGUGUGUUGAAGAGGAAUUUAGUGACAAAACCAUGAUUCCUGUAAAUAUUGAAUAAAAAUGUAAGUCGGUCACUC